UCUAAAAAAAAUCGUCAUCGCUCUGAUCUUCUGUAAUAAAAUUUUGGGAUAUUAUUAUUAUUACUAUUAUUAUUUUGGAAAUGGAUGGCAAAAUAAGACAGAGCAGAAAAUCUAGGUCCCAAAGGGACCGCGUGAGGCGAAGGGAUCCAAAUGGCCGAGACCGCCCGAAUCAAAGCCCUUCUUCGGCAUCCGAGAGGGAACUGAGCCCGGGCAAGGAGAAUACAACCCAAAACUGUCCAAAUCCUAAGAGCCAGGCGUCUUCGGUCAGAAAUGUCAGACCUCCGAGGCGGAGGAGGCGAGAAUCCAGUUCGCAGGAAGAGGAUUUAAUUGAUGGAUUUGCGAUCGCCAGCUUCAGUACCAUGGAAGCCUUGGAGAAAGACAUGUCGUUGAAGCCUCAGGAGAGAAAGGAAAAGUGGGAGAGACACCCAGGAAAGAAACCCAGAGAAUCUGAACACUGCGUCUCGGCUGAGCCCAGCGAAAAUGGCCAUAAUAACGACGCCGGGAGUUCGGGAAGAGAGACGGAUCGAGGCAAGGAACGAGUGAAGAAGAAAGUCCCCUUGAAAGUCCACAAGCAGAUGAAGGUCCCGGCAAAACGGAGUGGCAGAAACAGUGAGGAUGACAGCAUCCGGGAGGCCACGAGCUCUCAGCUCAGCAGCUCCAGGGACUGCCUCAGCGAUAGUUCUGCUCAAUCGCUUUCAGGAAAAGGUUAUUCGUGUGACAGCGAGAGUGACAUUGAUGAUAAGAACUCAGCGGACCUGGAGCUUCCUCGUAUCAGGAGUGGCUUGGUAGCAAAUAAGGUUUCUGAAGGCUCAGAGAAGCUCUUCUCGCCUGCAGCAACUAAAGGUCCGUCCUCGAAUGACAAAGCUGAAGCGAAAGCAGGAAGCAUCCCCAAGGUAUCCGGGCUGGAGCGCAGCCAGGAACUGAACACUGACGUGCCCUUUGUGCUGCCACUCCACAGCCCCCCACCGACCACAACCAUCGUGACUUCCAACUCCUCCGCACCCACGUCAAGUGCUCGGGCAAGCCCGCUGUUGAAAAAAGAGCCAUUGAUCUCAGCACCAGCACCUCCGAGGCUCACCCCUCAGCCGCAGCCUCGGCCUCAGUCACAACCUCAGCCUCGGCCUCAGUCACAGCCUCAGCUGCUGCCUGAGCUUCGGACGCAACCUCCAAGCCACAUCCCCCCUCCCCUGAGUUACCAAGUGCAUCAUCAGGUGGCCCACAACGGACUCAAUAAUAUCAGCAGAAGCAGCAGUGCCAGUAGUGCAACGAGCCUCCCGAAACACCUCCCGCUCUCACCUCAGAUCCCUCCCCAUCAUUCCUCCGGCCCUGCUUUACCCCUCUCCAUCUCUAACCUCGCUGCCUCGCAUUUCCCGCUCAGAUCGCAGUCCCAACACCAGCACCAUCCGGCCAUGUUUGCUACCCCUCCUACGCUGCCACCUCCUCCAGCGUUACCCACCAAUAGCCUUGUGAUCCCAGGUCACCCCGCAGAUCAAGAGCUGCUCAGGCAAGAGCUGAACAAUCGGUUUUUGGUUCAGAGUUCGGACAGGGCUGGUGCCCCUCUUGGCCCGGUGCCACUACUGAGGGCGGAGUUCCACCAGCACCAACACACCCACCAGCACCAGCACACCCACCAGCACACAUUUACUCCUUUUCCAUCCAGCUUGCCCCAGAUGCCACCCUCCGCACCCCCCCUGGUGCGUACCCCCUCCCAAAACUUCGACAAGUAUGCUCCCAAACUCGAUAACCCUUAUUUUCGACAUUCCAACUUCUUUCCCAGCUACCCUCCAGCAAUGCCCGGAAUGCCACCAAUGCUUCCACAUUCAGGUCCCUUCGGGUCACUUCAGGGAGCAUUUCAACCGAAGACUUCGAAUCCAAUUGAUGUAGCGAGCAGACCCGGCGCAGUACACCACACUCUUCUGCAAAAGACACCAGGGGUGUCUGAUCCCUAUCGGGCUCCAGUACGAGUAAGUAAGAAGCCUGGCAAGUGGUGCGCUGUUCAUGUACAGAUUGCUUGGCAGAUCUACCAUCACCAACAGAAGAUAAAGUACCUCCUGUGGAAUAUGGAGUGUUAUCCUGUUCAGAGUGAAAUGAGCGGUACGGUGAAGGACAUUUUACAAAACAUAGAGCAGCAAAUGCAACUGGAUCCUCACAAGCUAGAAAUAGGUGGGAAGCUUGACCUGUUCAGCAGACCCCCGGCCCCUGGCAUGUUUCCAGGGUUCCACUACCCUCAAGAUCUCGCCCGGCCACUCUUCUCCACUACAGGUUCUGCCCACCCACCCACAACUCCUUUUGGACCCUCGCCUCAUCACAGCAGCUUCCUGCCUACUAGCCACUUGGCAGGUAGGUAUCCAUUUAGCAGGUCAAGCACCUUCAGCGGCCUUGGGAACUUAGGCAGCAAUGCCUUUGGAGGAUUAGGCAGUCAUACUCUGAGUCACAAUAGCAUUUUUGCUCACAAAGAAGGACCCAAUGUCCAGAGCUUCAACAACCCACAUGAGCCAUGGAACAGACUCCACCGGACGCCACCGUCCUUCCCGACGCCCCCUCAGUGGCCCAAGCCUGGUGACUCUGAACGAAGCUCCUCCGUGACAAAUCAUGACAGAGACCGUGAAUCAGAGAAGAGGGAUCUUUCCUCAAGUAAAGAUGACAGAGACAAGGAGAGGGAUCUUCUGGAUAAAAACAGACAUUCAAACAGAUCCUCACCAGCUUCAGCUCCAGUGACUCACCAGAUCAGCAACCUCAUUCGCAGCAACAGCCAGACCUCCAGUGAUCCCACCAGGCAAGUUGGUCUCAGUGACAGAGAAAGAUCUAAAGAACCGGAGAGAGAGAUUCCCGACCGGCUGAGGGAUCCUCCUCCAGUUGUGGAGCACAAGAUCAAAGAAAGCCGCUCCCCAGUGAAGGAGCCACCAAGCCAUGAAAAAAGAUCCUCAGAGGACAACACAAAGCCAGUAAUCCAAUCUGUAUCUCCCUACAGCAAACCUGCAUUGAGUGAGAGUUUAAAACUCAGCAAUCUAAUGAACAAGGACAUUGAAAGAAAGCCAGAGCUUCCAACUGACCUUCAGAAGAUUAAGAACGACAUCAAGGUCAAAGAGGAGCGCAAAGAGGAUGGUGAUGUAUUGGUUGUGAGCUCAGAACCUUCACAACAUUCCAGAACUGUCGAGCACCCACCACCACCCACUUUGCAUGGAUUACCAUUGCCCCAUACAAUGGCAGCCACAAUGCCCAUCUCAAUGGGCAGUGUCCAUCAGAUGAACAACAUGAAUGUCCUGGACCGUAGUAGAAUGAUGACCCCUCUAAUGGGCAUGAAUCCAUUGUCAGGAAGGGAGAGACUCCCCCAUCCUGGGUUUUCCUGGGACCCAGUGAGGGACCCAUUACGAGAUGCCUAUAGGAGCUUAGACCUGCACCGUCGGAUGGAUUUCCAGCUUCGAGCAGAUCCCAUCCACAGGUUCCCUACCGCAUCAGGGUUCUAUGAUCAUGAGCGCUCUUACCGAGACAGAGAACCCCAUGACUAUAAUCACGAGAAUCUUCUUGAAGCACGGCGUGAACAAGAGCGGCUCAGGCAAGCAGAGGAGAGGGAGAGGUUGCACUUACGGGAAGAACUUGAGCGUGCCAGGAUGCAUCACUUGCACUCGUCUCCUAUCGAAAGCCACCUGGCCCAUGUGCCAUCCUUCAUGCCUCAUCUCAGCGGGAUGCAUUACCCCAGACUCAGCCCCUCUGCUGCCAUGCACAAUGGAAUCUUAAAUAGGAACCCACCCACAGCCGCUUUGAGUGCCCCACCCCCUUUGGUACCAGCCAGUAGUACAAGACCUUCCUCCCCACGCCGGACUACUCCACUCACAAACUCAGAGUCAAGAGACUAUUCUCCUUCUAGGAACCCCAAAGAAGUAGAGGCACGAUAGUCCCUAACCAACAAACAGGAUAAAUUUUAAAUCUUGCCUGUAAAUAUAAGAGAAGGGGGAUCUUUUGAAAAUGCACUGCUGUAAACUUUUUUUAAACUGUAAAAUUUGUAGAAAUUAAGCACAGUUCCAUAAAUAAUUUGGGGUAGGGGGAGGGAGGGUCAGAGGUUACAAACCUUCCAACCAGAUGGUUGCUGAAAUGGAAAUUUAAUAUAUAGGUCUUGAUUUUUUUUGAUUUUUUUUUAUUUUGCUUCUGUGCUGAGUUAAAAUAUUACCAAGUUUGUACAUUUUUUCCCAAAUGUGAGAAACAUUUUAAUGAAUUUGUAUUUUUUUUUAAUUUUGUGCUCUUUAUUCACAUAAAAAAGGUUUUUGUUUUUAGUUCAAAUUUAAUGGCCUCAGCUCCUUAAGUAAAAACAAAAUACAUACCCAGGGUUUCUUAAAGUAUUAUUUAUGGAAAAACUGUAGUUUCGUACAGUCCACUGUGAGUUUCCCAAAUGAGGCCAUUCAUUUCUCUUGGUACCUUGGAACUGAAGUUACAGAUAUAUAUUAAAAAUAAUAAUAAUAAUAAUAAUAAUGUACAAAAACUGUUUGUUUUUUGCCUUAUCUUAUGGAGAAAUGAGAUUUUUUUUUGACUUCUUGUUUUAAACAACAACAAAGAAAACAAUAUGUAAAUAUUCUGUUAAUAUAAAUGUACACCAAUAUUGAAUUCUUAACAUAGGUAGAACUUUAUAAAAAAUGGUUUCUAGAACCACUCUCUGGUUAUUUGUUAAUGUUAUUCCAAGUCAUUCUUGUCACUGUCUGAAGGAGGGGAAAACCCACCUGGUAGACACCCCCCCCCCAACUAAUUGUGGCGUAUUACCUUCAACUAUGCAAAAGAACCUGGAGGCGGGGACAGGAAGAAAAGCAUCUUCAAAAGGAAAGCAUUUACCACACAACAUCCCCCCAUCCUCCAAAAAACCUUCAUCCUUCAGCAUCCAACUAAGAUACAGCUUUGAAGAAAAAAAGAAAGAAAGAAAGAACGAAAGAAAGAAAAUAUUAUGUGGAAAUUUAUGUUCCACCCAAACCCUCAAAACACCCCAUGGUGGGGUUAUUCUUUUCAGUUUUAUCUUUGUCCAUAUGAUCAAAGGAUAUUCAGUAAGGAAAGGCUUCAUAUUAACCAUGACUGAAGCUUGUACAACCUAAAUGAAACUGAUGCAGUAAUAAGUAAGGGAUCCCUUUCUCGAUUUUCCCACCACCCAACCUUUUUUUCCAUUGUGGCCAGGCACACGGGCAAGCAAAGACUAUCUCCCUUGUGUUCACUGUGCAGUCUUCUUAUUGGAAUUGAUAUCCACGAAUGUCAGGAGUGCAAAAACAAAAAGUCAAAUGGUUAAUUUAAGAAACAUGUAUGUUCUCUGUAGUUUGCAAUAACCUAUUCAAAUGUUUUGUUUCCGUGCAAGUUCUGCCUUGAAGUUUGGGUUUUGGCAUUAUUUUAAGUUUGACUUCCAAGUUUGCUUUUCAUAUGUGAAUUUUGUUGUGCCUCAGUCGAAUAGAGCGUGUGCAGAGUCCCUUUUUAAAAAGUUACAAUCCCUAAAAUUGGAUAUUUGGUGGGGAAAAUGGAAGCUGAUGUGGGGGGGAAGUUCAGUCCCCUGCCCUGGAACAACUGAUGUCAGGAAUUUAGCUUUUCCAAAAGGUCUCUGCUCUCACCGCGAUCAGAGAGGGGAACCACACAUGCAGCAUCUAGUUGCACAUGUAAUAUCCCACCCUGUUAGGGGUAUGCAAGCAUUGGCCUUCUUCUGCAUCACCCAACACACCUAGCUUGAUGGUGACAGCCAUGUUUUUACUGUACCCGCCUCCGUUCCCCACUUUUUUUGUCCUCCAGUAUUCAUGUUUUUAUAUUAUUCUGAGUUUCUGCUUUCCGGUUAACUCAAACAUCUGCUGAUAUUUUCUUUCCUUGACUUUCUGUAUUUCCUCCCCUCCCUCUGCUCCUUCUCCCUGCAUCCCCUGUAAUUUUAAACAUUUGGUUUCUUUGUAGAUCAUUGAAGAUAAAUACAACAUUGAUUUUGGAUGAAAAAGGUAGUUAAGUGUUUGUGUGUCAGAUCUAGUCAGAGCGACUGCCGGGAGGGAGAGUAAAUGGUUUAUUGAUGAACGUGCUCAGCCUAUUAACGCCGGUAGACCUUUGGCAAAUUUGGAUCAUUAAAGA